UAAAGAGGAAGCGGAACUGUUUGAACGUUCACGGUGUUUGUGUGGUGUGUGUUGGAGUUAUUGGCCGGCUACACACAUUUACUGAAUUUACAUUUGCUGAAAGACGAUACCAUUGGAGGUGAACACUUAUCCAUAGUCAUAUUCGGUCUAUCAGCAGAUUCCGUAGGACGGACAGAGAAGACAGCCAGAAAUUACCAUGAAUCUGGAACGUGUUCCCAACGAGGAGAAACUCAGCCUUUGCAGGAAAUAUUAUCUGGGUGGGUUUGCAUUCCUUCCUUUCCUGUGGCUGGUAAAUGUGGUGUGGUUCUUCAGAGAAGCCUUUGUAAAGCCCGCAUACACUGAACAGCUCCAGAUCAAAACAUAUGUAAAGCGAUCGGCUCUGGGGCUAUUACUAUGGGUGGCAGUGCUUACAACAUGGAUAACCAUAUUCCAGCACUUCAGAGCGCAGUGGGGUGAAGUGGGAGACUACCUUUCCUUUACCAUUCCCCUGGGCAUUCCGUGAAAAGACAAGAAAGAGUGGACACAACGUCCUUGCUGCUCUUUACUCCUUUUGUGUUGUAAGCCCCAACACAACAAGUUUCCAUUUAAGACUCAGCAUUAAUUGACUGUGUUGCCAUCUGUCUUUAUUUGAUCAUAUUAGAUUAAGUCAGUUAGAAGUCUCUUGUAUUACAGUGAAAUGGCAGGACCUAAGUGCACCUAGAAAUUCAGUAAAGUAACUACCAUAAGUGGCUCUACAAAGCAAAUUUGGAAAUGAGAGCUGUUUUAAGGUGAUGACAGUACUAAUGACUGGGUUUUUUUUUUGCUAUUUACCAUGCUUCCACCUUUUUUCAAGGCUGCAUUUUAUUUUCGCCAUUUGUUUGAGUUUGGUUUGUAAUAUGAUUAUUUUUCCCCUUUGCUUUUUAUGUCUGGUGAUUUAGUUUCAAUUCCACAAUCACCUAAUAAAAACUUUUUGGUGAAUUAUCA